AUGUAUAAAUACGGAAUCUAAGGGGAAACAUCUUAUAUUUGUCUUUUAGAUAUAAGCAAUGCAUCAUAGACUUUGAUAUCCUAUGAGUUCAAGAUUUUGGAUGCUUAAUCUAAAAUCAAUUUUAAAGCUGGAGUUUUAGGGGGGUAUGAUGUUGAUAAUCACAUGCCUGAAGAAUAUCUAGGCGAAUUCGAAAAUAAUUUGUGGAAUAAAAAAUAUUUUAAUAAUAAUCUUGUUUACUAUUGA